AUGACGGAAGAGAAUUUGCUCGUGAACACGAUGCACUCCAAAUCUACAGGUGACUAUGAAAGUGACUUAGCAGGAAUACAUCUGACUUCCUCAUGUCAAGCAAAGGGCCUUACUAAAGACUGGAUACCGAAACCAGCAACACCCAGAGAGAUUUCCCUCCUAGUCAUAAGGGAAGCCAGUAGCGGAGCCAGAAAUAAUAUUCAAAUUCUGAACUCACUAGACCAUAUCGCCUGUCUGACGAAUCAUACUCUUACUUCCUGCUUCCAAUGAGGAGAGCACCCACAAUGCGGGGCUUUGCCCACUGGGAGCAAACAGGGAAAAGAGCAGACCCUGGAUGACAAAGGCAGGUGACUCCUGUACCCACCCCACCCACCGCCCCAAAGCACCCAGAAGCAUGCAGUCUCUACUGAAACAGAUUUUCCAACUCUGAACACUUGUUGGUUAAACAUGAAAAGAAUACAAAGGUCAAAUGCAGAUUUGACAAAAAGAAAGCCAAGAUAG